UUUUUUUGCAACUCUGCCCAUAAAGUGACCUUGAGCUCAGUUUGUUUCGGCGAGACAACACACACCUUGUCUCUUCUGAGAAGUGUGUGUGUGUGUGUGUGUGUGUGUCAUUGGAUGGGAAAGAUGAACCGAAGAUCCACUAAAGACAAGGAUGCUAACGGAGAUCCAAGUGCGUCCAAUGGCAAGAAGGUGGAACUGGGGAAGAAAGUUACUUUGCUCUCAGGGAUCUCCGUCAUCACGGGCACCAUCAUCGGUGCUGGCAUCUUCAUCUCUCCAAAGGGAAUCCUCCAACAUUCGGGCAGCGUUGGGAUGUCUUUGAUUGUGUGGAUUGCUUGCGGUGUGCUUUCACUCUUUGGAGCUUUGUCUUAUGCGGAGCUGGGAACUUGCAUUCGGAAAUCUGGUGGACAUUACACAUACUUACUGGAGGCUUUUGGCCCAGAGGUGGCUUUCGUAAAUCUGUGGGCCAACCUCGUGGCUAUCAGGCCUGCUGGGAUGUCAGUCAUCUCUCUGGCAUUUGGUCAGUACAUCUUGGAGCCUUUGUUCACACCCUGUGGUGUGCCACCUCUUGCUGUCAAACUGGUCACGGCUGUCGGACUCACGUCAGUAAUGGUCACUAAUAGUAUGAGUGUGACGUGGACAGCCAGGAUUCAAGUUGUCCUAACCUUCUGCAAGCUGGUGGCCCUCAUCUUUAUCAUAUUUCCUGGAUUAUACUACCUCUUCAAAGGAGAGACCCGCAACUUUGAAAAUGCCUUUGAACUAAACAAAGUGGAGAUUUCGUCUUUGCCUCUGGCCUUCUAUUCUGGGAUGUAUGCAUAUGCUGGGUGGUUUUACCUUAAUUUUGUCACAGAAGAAAUUGAUCAUCCUGAGAGGACGGUGCCCAUGGCUAUCUGUAUCUCCAUGGGGAUUGUGACGACCUGCUAUGUGCUAAUCAAUUUGGCGUACUACACAGUGAUGACAGCCGACGAACUCCUAUCCUCAGAAGCAGUCGCUGUGACAUUUGCAAAUAAAGUGAUGGGAGAUUUGUCAUUAGCAGUACCUGUAUUUGUGGCCUUGUCGUGCUAUGGUUCCAUGAACGGCUGCCUCUUGGCCCUGUCAAGAACGUUUUUGGUUGCAUCACGAGAAGGACAACUACCUGAGGUUUACUCAAUGAUUCACCUGCGUCGAAACACUCCAAUACCUGCCGUCAUCAUACUGUAUCCACUGACGCUUCUCCAGCUGUUCGUGGGAGACAUCUACAGCCUGUUAAACUUCAUGAGCUUCCUGCGGUGGCUAUCGAUUGGUGUGGUGGUGGUUGGUUUGGUCUACCUUCGAUACACUCAGCCUGACCUGCCACGCCCCUUUAAGGUGCCGAUCUUCAUUCCAGUGGUGUUUAGUUUGACUUGCUUCUUCAUGGUUUUCCUCUCUCUAUACUCGGACCCAAUCAACACAGGAACUGGAUUUGCCAUUUCCCUAACAGGGAUCCCGGCCUACUACAUCUUUAUUCGCUUCGACUGCAAGCCUAAGUGGUUAAAGAGGACUUUAGAUUCUAUCAACAGAACCGUACAGAUUCUCCUGGAGGUGGUUCCUGCUGACCAAUAACUGUAUGCACAUCCCACAUUAUAUACAACAAACAUACAUUCCUACAAUAAACACGCAUUCAUACAAUAAAUACACAUUAACACAAUAAACACACAUUCAUAUACGGAGCCCCUAAAGGGACAUGGGAAUUUUUUUUCUUUUAGACAUGUAUCUCGUGCACACGAGAAACUUUCUUGUGCGCACGAGAAACUUUCUCGUGGCCACGAGAAAGCAUUGGAUGCGUGCGCAUGGUUUGAGGUGUUUGUUAAAAUGGCAGUUUAUGAUUUAAUUUGGCUGUAUUUCCAACUAGGACUUUCCCCCAUGUGUAUUGUGGCAAAAUGUGAAUGCUUGAUUAGUAGGUGUGAGACAAACACUUUAUCUUCCUGGUUAUUGUAACGCUACGUGUUUGACAUUAUUUAAGACUUUAUCAUGCCUGGGAAAGGACAGUUUUCCUCUUCUGUGGCUGUGGGGGGUGGGCGUGGCUUGCGGACCUGCUGCGAAGCGGAGUGUGCCAGUUAGUCCGAUGUUGAUGUGAUAAAACUUCUUUCUUGAUUGGAAGAUACACACACAAUUGUAACUGUUAUUUCUUCCUGCACAUA